UACAGCAUUGAGAUUGAAAGGGCGACAUUUUCACGCUUUUGGGAAUUGUUGUGUUUUGGAGAUGGUGGUACUUUUUUGUCACCCUCGUGUGCAAUCCCCGGCCGCUGUAUAGAGUUUUGUUGAGUGCACACAAAAUGGAAUACGAAAGUGGUUGAGCACGGUGUGUUUAGGGGCUUUUGUUUACUUUCUUUUUUCUUGUGUUGUUUUGGGUGUGUUUUUCUCGGGGGGCUUUUUAUUUGUUGCUGAGGGGUGAGUUUUUGGUCCAAAAGGAAAAAAAAAAAAAAGUAAAGGAGAAAGGGGGGGGGACGCAAAACCUGUUCAUGGUGGUAUUUUGAUGGAUUGCGUCCCAAAGUUGGGCUGAGUGGGCGAGGGGGUGACGGGCGGGGUUAAAGCUGUGUCCACAGCAUAAAAAGGGCGCCGAGUGGGUUUAUCUCCCCCUCCAUCUUGCGUCUCUCUUGUUUUGGUCUUUUAUAUAUAUUGUUCACCCUCUCUCUCGCUUUCUGUUCUUUUUUUUGUUGUUGUUGUGGCCUCCGUCUACCUCCGACUAGACACACACACACUACAUUUAAAAAAGACCAAUACGAAAGCAUUUAAGCUACCUGCCUCCCACCUCGCAAUACAAUGAACAGGCUAGGGAAUCUGAUCGUGUGGCAUUACAGCUCGACGCAUUAUGAGCGGUCCGAAAAGCAGCUAGAACGGGAAAAGUGGCUCAUUCCGGGACUUGUGAGGUUCAACAGGUACUUUUUGAUGCCGGCCGCCGUGUUGAUCCAGGUGUGCUGUGGAUCUCUCUACGCAUGGUCCGGAUACAACCUUCCUAUUGAACGUGAAAUCUACGGUCCAAACCUUGCCAAGGGUGUUGCCGUCGACCGAGGGCAGGCCAGUAACGUCUUUUUCGUUGCUGUGGCCGUCUUUGGUGUGACGGCUGCCCUUCUUGGACCGUGGUUGGAGAGAAAUGGUCCCUUCAAGGGUGCUGUGUUGGGUACCUGUUUGUUCUACAUGGGUAACUUGUUGACUGCCUUGGGUGUGCACGUUGGUAGUCUGCCCCUUGUGUUUUUCGGCUACGGAUUCGUCGGCGGCGCCGGUCUGGGCAUUUCGUACAUUGCCCCUGUAUCUCCCCUCCAAAAGUGGUUCCCCGAUUUCCGUGGUCUAGCGGCCGGUCUCGCCGUCUGCGGUUUCGGUGCCGGAAGUAUCUUUUCGCCCUUUACUCAAAAGGCGCUCAUUGGUGAAACCUUUGCCAACACGGGUAUCAAGAACCUUGGCGUAUCGCUCACGUUUGUCAUUUUGGGCUCUUGCUACUUUGCCUGCAUGCUGUUGGCAUCCUUUGUUCUCCGCAUGCCUCCACCUGGGUACUCUGUAAACGGCGUUGACAUUCACACGGUCAAGGGUGCAGAGGAGCUUGACAAUGCUCGCGCGGCCAGUGCGGCUCUCCCAGUGUCCAACGCCAUUGAAGACAAGGUGGAAGAGGCCAAGAUGGACCGCGACCAUACGGUCGUCAACCUUCACAGUGUUGCCCCCGCCAAAAACGUAUUCUCCAUGACCUUGGCCCAAGCCCUGUCAUCGAUCGAGUACAUUCUCAUGUACAUUAUGUUUCUCUGCAACGAAAUCACGGGUCUGCUCAUUAUCUCAAAGAUUCAGUCCAUUGUGCAAAACCAGCUUGGAAAGAACGCUACAGAGGCCGCCAACAUCAACUCGAUUCUUGGAGGCUGCAACCUGUUGGGUCGGCUGGUUCUUCCCACUCUUUCCGACUAUUUGGGACAGCGUAAACCCCUCUUUAUGCUAUCUCUAGCGUGCCAAACCAUCUUUUUGGCUGUCCUUCCUAAAGCGAUUGGCGACAAGACCUAUGGUCUCACACUCUCCUGUGCCUUUAUCAUUGCCUUUUUCUACGGUGGAGGCUUUGGACUUAUUCCGGCCUUUUUGUCUGACCAAUUUGGAUCCAAGAAUGUUGGAGCGACGCACGGAGUCAUUUUGACCGCAUGGGCAAUGGCAGGAGUAGCCGGCGGACUCGUCUUUAACGCCGUGUACAAGAGCGAAGUUGCGCGUCUUGCACCCGACUUGCUGCACGCCUACGACCUCAACUUUCACUGGAUCCUGGCCUUUACCAGCUUUGGUCUCUUGGUAAGCUUUUUCAUUCCCACCAACCUCCGUGACCGACGCCUGCCCAAACUGGAGGGAGAGCGGAUACGAUUCCGAUUUGUCAAUGGACGCCUUGUCCGUGUAUUCAAGGGAUUCAAAGUGCGCAUGUACAGCCGUGCUGAAGAGGAUGCCGAGUGGGAUGGAUACCUCAAGGGAAUUGCUGCCCAAGAGGAAACCAUCAAAGUGUAGAGAAAAAAAGAGAGAGACAAUAUGUGUGUAGCGAUAUGCCCUCUGCAUGUAUUAUACUUGUGUAAAAGAUGUAUUGUGUAAGUUUGGGGGGGGACAUUUGCUGCGAAUAUAUAUAUAUAAAAUGCUAGCGUAUUUUGAAAAAGAGUAAACUUGUUUCAAACACACACAUAUGUAAUGCAAAUAUAACAAGUAAAAGAGAGAA